AGCAACUCAUUCUUACACUCGAACUAGCUACCUCUCAACCAGCAGUACUUUGACCAGCCACAUAGGCACGUAGCGACCGCGACAAUGCAGUACGGCGCGGCGGCGGAGCAGGCCUGGUACAUGCCGGCGAUGCCGGUGGCGGCCACGGUGGAAGAGACGGCGGCGCAGUGCGUGAAGCGGCUGGCGUCGGAAAGCGCGGUGGUGGUGUUCAGCGUGAGCAGCUGCUGCAUGUGCCACGCCGUGAAGCGCCUCUUCUGCGGCAUGGGCGUGCACCCCAUGGUGCACGAGCUGGACCUCGACCCGCGGGGGCGCGAGCUGGAGCGCGCCCUCGCCGGCCUCCUCGGCGCCGGCCCCGCCACCGCGCCGGUCGUGCCCGUCGUGUUCAUCGGCGGCAGGCUGGUAGGAGCCAUGGACCGCGUCAUGGCUGCGCACAUCAACGGCUCCCUCGUGCCGCUGCUCAAGGAGGCCGGAGCGCUCUGGCUCUGAUGAGCGCCGCCAUUGGCGUCGCUGCAGCUAAUAGUAGGGCGGAUUAACUAAUACACCACAGUGAGUUAAUCGAGUAGUGUUCGUGUGUUUGUGUGUGUGAGAGAGAGAGGUCGGUGAUUUUUUACUAGUGCUGCCUCCGUCUUGUGUGUGAGCUGUGUGGGAGUUGGCACGUGCUUGCGUGCAUGGUCACACGUACGAGCGUGUGCGGGAUUGCUUGCUUGCUUGCUUGGUGCCAGAAAG